GGCAGGUACGGGCUACGUAUACCAGACCUCCAAAAAUCCCGGCAGCAGCGAAGUACAAAGAUUUGGAGACAGCUGGUCCGAUCCAAAACUUCUAAACGUAAAACCAGACAUUUAACGGAUAUAGGUCCCAUGCGCGGCGAUAUUUCUGCUGUCGCACUCCUUUUCUUCCUCUCCUGUUCUCCUUGAAGCCAAUUGAUCACUGAGAUACCGCCGAGAUGAAGUCGUUAAUAUCCUUCGUCGUCCUCUUCUUUGUCGCCCUCGCCCAUGCGAUCAGCUCUAGCGGGAAUAGGUUGCUGGUCCUCCUCGAGGAUGUUGCUGAGAAGGAGGGCUACUCUACGUUCCUAGGUGAUUUAGAGGGUCGAGGAUUUCAGAUCAACUACGAAACUCCCAAGAGCGAAGGUCUAAGCUUAUUCCACCUGGGCGAGAGGUCUUACGACCAUGUUCUAUUCCUCCCAACCAAGUCAAAAGGACUCGGCCCAAACUUAACACCUAAGAUCCUCCUCGAUUUCAUCAAUGCAAAUGGCAACAUCCUCCUAGCUCUCUCAGCUUCUCAACCAGCCCCGACAUCCAUCGUCUCUCUACUUCUCGAAUUAGAUAUUCACCUACCUUCCGAUCGACAGGGUCUCGUUGUCGACCAUUUCAACUACGAUGUGUUGUCUGCCCCAGAGAAGCACGACGUGCUCUUGCUUCCGCCCACGGGACCUCUUCGUCCAGAUAUUAAGGAUUUCUUCAGCCCAGUCUCUGCAGACGGAGGGGUUAUCGCCUUCCCAAGAGGCACAGCCCAGACCCUCGGCUCAGGUGCCCUCCUUACGCCGAUCCUGCGCGCUCCCUCCACAUCUUACAGUUACAAUCCGAAAGAGCAAGCCGAAGUCAUCGACGAGCUCUUCGCAAGCGGCUCCCAGCUCUCCCUUGUGAGCACCUUCCAAGCUCGCAACUCGGCUCGGUUCACAGUCAUUGGUUCCGCCGAGAUGUUGAGCGACAAGUGGUUCGAUGCUAAGGUGAAGAAGGUGGGCGAGGAGAAGGAGGUCAGCACUGUUAACCGCGAAUUCGCUAAGCGAGUAGCGGGCUGGACCUUCAAGGAGAUUGGCGUCCUGAGAGUGAACUGGAUUGAGCACCACCUGAACGAGGUUGGCCAGAGCAACGCCAGCAACCCUAAAAUCUACCGUAUUAAGAACGACGUGACAUACUCUAUCUCCCUCUCCGAGUACUCCUGGGACAAAUACACCCCCUUCACCGUCCCGGAUAACGACGACCUGCAGCUGGAAUUCAGCAUGCUGUCCCCCUUCCACCGUCUCCAGCUAAACCCCACUAUCUCAUCCGAGGACAGCACAACAUAUUCAGUAUCAUUCAAGCUGCCGGACCAGCACGGCAUCUUCAACUUCAUGGUCAACUACAAGCGCCCGUUCUAUAGCAACGUCGAGGAGAAGAACACGGUCUCGGUCCGGCACUUUGCUCACGAUGAGUGGCCCCGCAGUUACGUCAUCAGCGGCGCCUGGCCCUGGAUCGCGGGUAUCGGUGUCACUGUUACUGGAUGGCUGGGCUUCUGCGCUCUCUGGCUGUAUAGCAAACCUGCGGCUACCUCGGAGAAGAAGAGGCAGUAAAUGUUACGAUGUGAUGGGAUGUAAGUGUCUUAAAUAUAUAGGCACUAAGGCAGAUACGAAUGAAACCAAUUGAUGUGAUUACGGGGCUUGUGACUGACUACAUAUGUAAUUAUGUACUUGUGGAAUGAGUGGCACGGAACGAUAUGUGAUGGCGCUUUGGGCCAUAUGAUUACCCAGGGGCGUGGAGGAGUUAUGAGGAGGGAGAUGGUGGAUGUAUGACCAUGACACAAUAAAAGGGGUUCUCAUAUAGAGCGACUCCUCUUCGUCUGAGAGAGGAUGGGUUGAUCUAGCUAGUCAGAAGCUGUCAGUAAUGAACGGCUAAUAAAAAUUCAUUCAUGAAAGAUAUACAAUAUUGAUUUUCCAACG